UCCGGACUCCGGGGUGGGCAGAUGGUAGGGAUAGCCCGUGGUAGGGUUUCCCCGGCGGUGGGUGACGGGUGUAGGUGUAGCCCCAGGUAGGGUUUCCCCGUAUAUAUAAGAAGAUGGGUGCUGGCUGCUCUCCCCCAAGUCUUAUUCCUGCAACUCAAUGCCUUGGGAUGAGGUAGAGACAGUUCAUCAUUCUACAAUUCCAUCUCUCUCGUUCUGCAGAGCUUAAAUUGCUAAGCCUGAGCUCUACCCCCCCAACCUGGACGACCGUCAGGUAUAGCUCCACCACCAUGGACGUCAUCCUGGAUGUCCUCGACACGUUCGUGUUCGAUCGAGUCUAUGCAUCGGUUCUCCCCAUUGGCAAUACCACUCUCGAAUAUGCCUUUCAGCCUCCCCUCAACCAACAUGUUGGACGCUAUUAUCCUCUCCAGCCCUCCGAAUGGGCCACCGCAAGCAGUUGGAAGCGUGAUUACCUUCCACGACAGGCAGCGUCGCUGUUCUUCCUCAUGUGGUUCUUCGGGGUAGCCAUGUACCUCUUCGGCAGCACACUCCUGUACCACACAAUAUUCGACAAGUCCCUCCUCCAACAUCCGCGCAUCCUCAAGAACCAAAUCGCCUUGGAGAUCAAGCAGGGCUUGCUUGCGAUGCCAAUCAUGUCCAUCCUCACGGUUCCCUUCUUCCUGACCGAGAUCCGCGGCUGGUCCAAGCUGUACGACUUCGCCAGCGAGGCCCCAUUCCCGGCAUACAACUACCUCCAGUACCCACUCUUCAUCGCCUUCACGGAUUCGGGCAUCUAUUGGAUCCACAGAUGGCUGCACCACCCGUUGGUGUAUCGGUGGCUACACAAGAAACAUCACAAGUGGGUGGUGCCGACGCCCUUCGCGAGCUACGCCUUUAACCCCGUCGACGGGUGGUCCCAGAGUCUGCCCUACCAUCUUUUCCCCAUGCUUUUCCCGCUGCAAAAGAGCGCGUAUAUUGGUUUGUUCGUUUUUGUGACGAUGUGGACCGUGGUGAUCCAUGACGCCGAGUGUCUCUCGCGCUCCGCCGUGGUCAAUGGCCCCGAGUGCCAUACCUUGCACCAUCUGUACUUCAACUAUAACUAUGGGCAGUUCACGACCUUGUGGGAUCGUCUCGGAGGGACGUAUCGAAAAGCCAAGGGUGAUGAGUUGAAGGCGGUUAAAACCCACUAGAGGGCGUUGGUGGUGUUACUUCAUGAUGGCACGUGGAUCGUUCAUAAUAUUAUUGUAAUGUAGGCGGGGGAAGGGAGGUUAUUCAUAACUGUACAUAUUAAUACACGGGGCAUGGCCCAUUAUGUCUUAUCUGGGGCCGCAAUAUUUCGGAUAAAAUCGUUCAGGUUCGCCAGGUCGUCAGUCGCAGCAUUCUCCAGAUACCGGGAG